AUGACUUCAGAUAAACCAAGAAUUCUUUAUAUUCCUACAGAGAAUGCUGUUCAUGACGAUGAGUCUUGGAAACUUGUCAAUGAAAAGUUCGAUUUGGUUUAUUAUGAUUUCGACACUAUCGAGGAUUAUAUGGAAGAGUUAAGAAAGCCAAAUCAUGGAAAAAUAGGUAACAUUGAAGCUGUUUUUCGUCCUACUUGGCUAAAAGGUGCUCCUUAUGUUCAUCAUUAUAUCUUCAGAGGUGAACCUGUUAGAUUAUUACCUGAAUCCGUGAAAAUAUGCGUUCAAUCAGGUCAUGGAUAUGAUAUAGUGGAUGUGGAUUAUUUGACAUCUAGAAAUAUAGUGUUCUGUAACUCUCCUGAUACUGGAUCAAGGGCCACUGCUGAUGUUGGAAUUCAACUUGUGAUCAAUAGUUUCAGAUAUUUGACAUUUGCUGAACAUUGUGUCCGUUCAGGGGAUUAUUACACAUCUCAGACAUUAGCAAAUUUGGCUGAUGAUCCCAAUGGACAUGUUUUGGGAAUAAUAGGUUUGGGUGAUAUAGGUAAACUUGUAGCACGUACGUGUUUAUCCUUAGGUAUGAAAGUGAUAUAUCACAAUCGAUCACGGAAAACUGAAAUUGAAAAGGAAUUCCCAUCCGAUUCCUUGACCUAUGUAAGUGAUUUCGAUGAUUUCCUCAGUCAAACUGACUGUUUGAUGGUGUUGUGUCCUUAUACUCCAGAAACAAAACACAUGAUUAAUGGUGAAGCUUUCAAGAAGAUGAAACUGAAAGUAAGACUUGUAAAUAUAGCUAGAGGUCCGAUUGUUGAGGAAGCAGCAGUUAUAGAUGCUUUCGAAAGAGGUCAAUUGGUAGGAGCUGGGUUUGAUGUUCAUGAGUUUGAACCUAAAAUACACGAGAAGCUUCUCAGUAAUUGGAAAGUCACCCUUUUACCCCAUCUUGGUGCAGUAAGUCAAGCUACUUGGAAGAAUUUCGAAAAAUGUUGUGUAGGGAAUCUCAUGGAAUUCUUCUAUGGAUCUGGAGUACCUAAUACACCAAUCAAUCUUCACACAACCUCAAGUAAGUAA